AUGUGUGGUAUUUGCUGUGUACUGAGCUUGUCCCCCUCCCAGCUUGUGCUGGAGAAGCGUGUGCAUGAAAACCUAAGGAAAAGAGGGCCUAACUCCAGUUGCAACAUCACCAAAACAGUUUCAAAUCCCCACUACCAGUGUCUGUUCUCUGCUCACGUACUUCACAUGAGAGGUUGCCCUGCCCCUCAGCCAGCACAAGACCGUAACAGCAAUGUAUUGAUGUGGAAUGGAGAGGUUUUUGGAGGACUGUUAUUGAGACCAGAAGAGAAUGACACUGACGUUCUUUCACACCACCUCGCAGCCUGCCACAGCCCUACAGAGAUCCUGUCUGUCCUGGGCAAUGUCCGAGGACCCUGGGCUUUCACUUAUUACCAACAGGCUGGACACUAUCUUUGGUUUGGGAGAGACUUCUUUGGCCGGCGAAGCCUGCUUUGGCAAUAUGAUGCUGAGGAGAAGUCUUUGACUCUGACGUCUGUGGCUGCCUGUCUCCCUAGCUCUGACCGACCACCACAGUGGCAAGAGGUUCCAGCAGUUGGUGUUUACAGGAUUGAUCUGAGGGCGUUUGCUGAGUCUGGCUGUUUGACCUUUGAGGUUUAUCCAUGGGUUCACGCAGGCGAUAAUCUAUCGUCUGUUAGUCAUGAAUCUAAGUGGGAGGGUCUACCAAGUUACACCUCAGCAAUGAUGAACAAUUCAGGUCUCUCCCUCACGUCUCCAGUUUGCCCACUGAACAUGUCAAUCCCUCAGUUGUUGGAGAUAGAACAUGAUCCAAGCUUACAGUCCUCAGUUGAAGACCUGGAGGUGUUGCUAAAGUCUGGUGUGAGAGAGCCUGUGGUAAAUCGUCUCAUUGAUGUUCUCAGUGAGGCAGUACGGAGGCGUGUGCAAUGUCUUCCCUUUGAUACACAGGUGACAUCACCACUGACCAAUGACCAGGCAGCAAUUGCAAUUCUUUUCUCAGGAGGGAUUGAUUCCAUGGUUCUGGCUGCCCUGGCCGACCGCCACAUCCCAACCCACCAACCAAUCGAUCUUCUGAAUGUGGCAUUCAAACUGCAGGAACCAAAAAUUGUGAAGGAGUCUACCAAAAAAAGCAAAAAGCACAAAACGAAGCCAAUGGAUUCUAAAACUGACGUUCCUGAUUCCAAUGUGUACAACCCCUUCGGCGUUCCAGACAGGAUCACUGGUAGAGCAGGUCUGCAAGAGCUUCAGGACUUGAACCCAGAGAGAAGAUGGAAUUUUGUUGAAAUCAACGUUUCUCGGGAAGAGCUGCAGAAAAUGCGCCAGGAGCACAUCUGUCACCUGGUGCACCCAUUGGAUACCGUGCUGGAUGACAGCAUUGGUUGUGCUGUGUGGUUUGCGGCGAGAGGAACCGGCUUCCUCACAGAAAGCAACGAAGAAAGGGGGUUCACAUCAUCUGCCAAGGUGAUUUUGACCGGUAUUGGAGCGGAUGAGCAGCUGGCAGGGUACUCCAGACACCGAGUCCGCUUCAAGACCUCUGGGCAAGAGGGUCUGGUCCAAGAGCUGGCCAUGGAGCUAGGCAGAAUCUCCACAAGGAAUCUGGGUCGAGAUGACAGAAUCAUAGGGGACCACGGGAAGGAGGCUAGGUUUCCCUAUUUGGACGAGGAUGUGGUGUGUUUCCUGAAUGCCCUGCCAGUGUCUGAUAAGGCAGAUCUGUCCCUGCCUCGAGGUAUAGGGGAGAAACUGCUGCUGAGGCUGGCUGCCAAGAAACUGGGUCUGGGGGCAUCUGCUCUACUGCCUAAGAGAGCCAUGCAGUUUGGUUCCCGCAUUGCAAAGAUGGAAAACAGCCACGAGAAGGCCUCAGACAAGUGCAAGAGACUCCUUACACCUUAGAUCAGCAUAACAUUUCAUCACAAUUUUUUUUUAUACACUCGACAAAGCAACUAAGUCAUCCUCUUAAUUAGGGUCACAGUGAACUACAAUAUGAACAGACGUGUUAAUUUCUAAUAAAUAUACAAAUACACAU